CUGGUUUCUCAUUAUGCCAGAUCGAGGAUAACGGCGUCCAUCGCGGUAUAAAAUUGGCUCACAGAGCAUACUCAUUCGCCUCAUUGAUAUCCAUCUCUCUUACACGAGUGACCCCUACUCUCACUACAAUGACCCUCACAAACGACGACAAGCAAGCUCGACUCACUGAAGAGCUGCAGCUUAUCCAACUCAUGCCUCCAUACAUAGGCAUUUUUCCGAGUGGAAUUGACAACACCGAGUCUUCAAAUAAGAAGAUCAAUCUCCUUGAUGAUAUAGCUAUGGCUAUCGCUACUGCAGUUCACAACAGAGUGGGGGUUGUGAUGGAAGAGAGGAAUGACGCGGUGCAUUUUACUCUGGCUGUUAAUGGAUCGCCUUCCUCGGACGACAGAGAAGCCGCUGAGCGGUUUUUCAAAGCUCUGCUGCAGCAGGAAGGAGACUUUGCAUUGCACAUGCUGGACAUCAUGAGGAGUUAUGCCAUGCCUCGCAUCACGAGCCUGGCUGGGCAAGUGGCCGAGUCCAUCGGGCAGUUCCUCCGCGCGGACUUGAUACGUUGUGUUGCCAACGACGACUCGGCACGUCAUGACGAAGAAAUACCGGGUUUCAAAUUUCUCGCAGAUAAGCUACCUGAGCUCCGAGGAACGUCGGUGCUGGAGGCUCUCUCGUUCCUUUUCAAGCGCCUUCAGGAACGUGCCGCGGCGGUGCAUCGGUCUGCCAGUGACCCAGCAUUCCCCGCACAUGAUGCAAGUCUCGUCAACGGGGUGCUAUUCUUGGCAUACCAACUCGCGAAGGCGCCCAUAUUUGGUCGCAUCUUGGUUGAUCGUAACACUCGGCCACCAUCUGUGCAUUUCGUUGGGAGGUGCAGGUAUACAAUUGCGAUGCUGGGAAGAUAUUGGGGAUGCCUGGAGCGUCUGCGUACGCUUGUAAAGCUGACGAGAAGGAAUAUCACCUAUGAGUGGUGCCCCGACGAUGUUGAGGGGAUUGUCAAUGAUCAACCCAUCGCCAUGCGCCGGUCUGCUCUUCAGGUCAUCAAAGCAGUCUCAGACUGGGGGAGACGUACCGUAAUGUCGGUAUCAGAUUCGGCCUUCAACAGGUUAUGCCUGCAGUACAAGGACACCGUGACGGUGUCCACUCACCCUGCUAUUCGUUUGAUUCUUAAAGCAGGGACCAAUGCGGAGUCAGGACAAAGCAGACUCGUAGGCUGUAGCGGCGGAGUCUGCUGGACCUGUUCCGAGUGGAUUGCACUGUACAAUAGCACCGUGCACCAAGACAAUCAAUGGAGGAUCGGUCCAUCCUUGCUGGAGGUGGACACAACGUUCGCUCUGACACACCGAUAUCCAUUCGAGGAGGACGUAUACGAGUCAGCCAAGGACUUCAAGGCAAUGACUCUCCACAAUUGGCUAGACCCAAAUCCGAGGGACUACUAG